CUUGCUUCCCUCAACACCAGGCAGGCAGGCAGCGGCUCCUGAUUCAUUCAGACCAAACACACAGGAGAGACGACGGACGCUCUUUAGAACCGGGCUAAACAACCGACUGGGCGUCCAAACUCAGGACAGCAGCCGUCCCACCAAGAGGCAGAACAAGUGAACUCGCCAUGGCGGACGUUAGUGAGGUUUUGAUGUCAGUUUUGUCCACAAUUCGCGUCCCAAAGCCCGGGGACCGUGUCCACAAAGACGAAUGCGCCCUGUCAUUUUCCUCACCGGAGACUGAAGGAGGCCUGUACGUGUGCAUGAACAGCUUUCUGGGUUUUGGCAGUCAGUACGUGGAUAGACACCAUGCCCGGACUGGUCAGAGGGCUUACUUGCACAUUACCAGGACUCGUAAGACUAAGAAGGAGGAUGAAAAUAACUCUGGCUCUGGACAUCCACCUAAGAAAAAGCCCACUAGACUGGCCAUAGGGAUUGAAGGAGGUUUUGAUGUGGAGCAGGAGCUAUAUGAAGAGGAUGUAAAGGUGGUCAUUUUACCAGACAAACAGGAAGUGACCUCAGAGGACCUUGCCACAAUGCCUGAUGUUGUCAGAGAGCGGGUGUCUCUGUCUAUGACGGGCAUCAUGGCAGCCGACUCAGUGUCUCAUACCUUACAAGUUCAACAGUGGGACGGAGAGGUGAGGCAGGAGUCAAAGCAUGCUGCUGACCUUAAACAGCUUGACAAUGGAGUCAAGAUCCCCCCAAGUGGCUGGCGGUGUGAGGUGUGCGACCUGCAGGAGAAUAUCUGGAUGAACCUCACAGAUGGUAAAGUGCUGUGUGGCCGCAGGUACUUUGAUGGCUCUGGGGGCAACAACCACGCCCUUCUCCAUUUCCAGGAGACCGGGUACCCGCUCGCUGUCAAACUGGGAACAAUCACUCCUGAUGGUGCUGAUGUGUAUUCAUAUGAUGAAGAUGACAUGGUGCUGGAUUCCAAGCUACCAGAGCACCUAGCCCACUUUGGCAUCGACAUGAUGACCAUGGAGAAGACUGAGCGGACAAUGACGGAGUUGGAAAUCGCUGUGAACCAGCGGGUGGGGGAGUGGGAAGUGAUCCAGGAGUCUGGGACCACCCUGAAGCCCCUGUUUGGACCCGGUCUGACUGGUAUGAAGAACCUGGGAAACAGCUGCUACCUCAAUUCUGUCAUGCAAGUGCUCUUCACCGUCCCAGACUUCGAGAGCACGUACGUUUCUAACAUUGACAAGAUCAUCAACGAAGCACCGAGUGACCCAACCCAGGAUUUCAAAACUCAAGUAGCCAAGCUCGGUUACGGCCUGCUGUCAGGAGAGUACUCCAAGCCUGCUCCAGAUCCUGGAGAUGAAAAUGGGGCCUCUGAACCCAGGGGCGACCAGAUUGGGAUCGCACCGCGAAUGUUUAAAGCACUUGUUGGCCGGGGCCACCCAGAGUUUUCUACCAAUCGACAGCAGGAUGCUCAGGAGUUUUUAUUGCACUUCAUUAACAUGGUGGAGAGGAACUGUCGCUCCGGGCCCAACCCAUCUGAAGCCUUCAGGUUUCUGGUGGAGGAGAAGAUAGUUUGUCAGCAGUCACAAAAAGCCAAGUACACACAGCGGGUGGAUUAUAUCGUACAGCUGCCGGUGCCCAUGGACCAGGCGACAAACACAGACGAGCUUCAGGAGGCGGAGCGCCGCCGUGAGGAGGGGGAUUCAUCAGCACAGACGGUGCGAGCACAAAUCCCAUUCUCCGCCUGCAUGGCAGCUCUCAGCGAACCCGAGAUGCUCACAGACUUCUGGAGCUCGGCCGUGCAAGCCAAGACCUCUGCUACCAAAACAACCCGCUUUGCCUCUUUCCCUGACCACCUGGUUAUCCAGAUUAAGAAGUUCACCUUCGGCCUUGACUGGGUGCCUAAGAAACUGGAUGUCAGCAUCGACGUUCCCGACACCCUGGAUCUGAGCGCGCUGCGUGCCACCGGCCAGCAGCCGGGGGAGGAGCUCCUGCCAGAGGUGGCCCCACCCCCACUCAUGACCCCAGAUGUGGAGGUCAAAGGUAUCCUGGGUUCGCAUGGCAACGAGGACGACGACUCUCUCUACUCCCCACUGCUGUCUCCGGUCCUCGAUGACUCCACUGUGUCCCAGUUGUGUGAAAUGGGUUUUCCAGUGGAGGCCUGCAGGAAAGCGGUCUACUACACUGGCAACACUGGAAUCGAUGCCGCCAUGAACUGGAUCAUGAGCCACAUGGACGACCCUGACUUUUCGGCACCCCUUGUAUUGCCAGGCAGCAGUUCUGGACCCGGGACCACUCCGACAGAGAGCCUCUCUGAGGAACAUCUGGCAACGAUCGUCUCCAUGGGCUUCAGUCGAGAUCAGGCAACCAAAGCGCUCCGAGCGACGAGUAAUGUCCUGGACCGCGCAGUAGACUGGAUCUUCUCUCACCUGGACGACCUGGAAUCCAUGGACGUGUCUGAAGGUGGGCGCUCAGCGGCAGAGAGCGAGGGCGGGAGGGACCCCCCACCUGGACCUCGCGUCAGGGACGGACCAGGAAAGUACGAGUUGUUUGCUUUCAUCAGUCACAUGGGGACGAGCACCAUGUGUGGCCACUAUGUCUGUCACAUCAAGAAGGACCAACAAUGGGUCAUCUUCAAUGAUCAGAAGGUCUGUGCUUCAGAGAAACCUCCCAAAGACCUGGGCUACCUGUACUUUCUACCGUAGAGUGGCCGACUGAGGCGGAGCAGCGUUUCACUUCAGGAGGAGAAGAAGACGAAGACGACUGCGCCAUCAAACCACAAACAACAGCAAGCUCUUACAAAUGCUCUGGCACGCUUCACAACUGACAAACAUGUAAAUAAGGAAGUCUUUCAGAUUGCUUAUAAACAGUUAAAUAAAUUGGUGCAAAUGUACAGAUAAGUGUUGUUGGGGGGUUGUAUGUGUGUGUUGCUGUUCCUCUGUAUCCACUGAUAAAUAACCACAGGCCUGUGUGAGCAUCCACUCAGGUUGUCACCAGAGCAACUUUGACUUAAAGCCAGAACUAAUCCAGACCUGAUAAAAGCACGAGAUCCGGGGUCUGCUCUGAAAAAAAAAA